UAAAUAGAGCAUUGUCACAUGGCUCAGACAAUCUUAUGGAGAAGAAAUAAAUCUUCAUGUGUAUUAUAUGUCAUCAGCUUUCCUAAACACUUCAGAUUAUGACCUCUAGUUUGUUUUGUUUUGUUUUGUUUUUUGACAGUGUUGACAUAAAUGUAUCAUCCUUCCUGUGUCUUGUUGCCUUUAUUUUUUUUUUUAGUUAUUGUGCCCUUGCAGGUCACUGCUGCCAUAUGGAUACUGGGACAUGCCAUGGUACUGGUCAUUCUACAGGGCCUAUGAGGACAACAUUCUCCAGGUUUCUUUGGUCACUCUUCUUUGUUUCUGUCCCAGCCUAAUGAGAAUGCAUGUUGUAGGCUCUCCGUGGAGGUAAGGACUUCUGAUGCAGAUAAUGUUUGCCUUUUUUUGUUGCAAUUUGGAAUGUAGAUGAGCAGGAAAUAGUUGAGUCGAUAAUUUCAAGAUUGGCUGGAUAAAUGUCUGGGAGGACCUUUGAGUACCUGCUCCACAAUGACAUAAGAGGCUUAUGAUAUUCUCCUGUUCUGGGUUCAAAGCUGCUUCUUACAGUCACCUAGCAGAACAUGGAAUCUCAAAGUUCCAGCUGUGAGUGUUCAUCCAGCAUGCCAAAGGGCAUUGCUCGAGGCAUGGAAUUAGUGUUCUAAGUUAGCUAUUCUGGGACAAAACUGUUAUAAAGGCAUUUCUGGAGCCCAGUGUCAUUUCAGUUCUCCAUAUAGGCCUUGAACCAGUGACACUGGCUUCAUCUAGUUGGAAAGGACUGCAUUGGAGCUAGUUGCCCUGUGCUCCCUUUAAAAUUAGGAGUGAUCCAGUCACUAGAUUAUAUAGGGUGAUCCAUUUCACCCUAAAGAAAAGUUUUAAAGCAGGGCAGAUGGCUUUUUCCAUCCAGCUGCAUGUUUUUCUCCACUGAUAGAAAACAGAGCUCACGGUGACUAGCUCAGUUUUAAACAUCUGCAUUUUGAAAGGUCACGUCUUCCUUCUGCUUUGCAAGUCUCUUAGCUGUCCUCAGAAUAGUUUUGCCUGCCUGAGAUUUUUUUAUCAGAAUCUACUCCAGCUCUGCCCCAGACUGCUAAUGGUUUAGUCAUUAAUGUACCUAGUGUCGUUCUUCUCAUUUUCCCAAUUAAGUAGGUACUCACAAAAUGAAAUCAAAUAAAAAUCCAAUGUCAAUGAUGAACAGACAUCAUGGAUAUAAGUACUUUUGUCUCUUCAGCAAAUGCCAGAUGUUGGCAUUCAUCUCCUUGCUCACUUUGUUGAUAAACGUGUUAAAAAGCAAGAGCCCACCAAUUCCUUACUACAUGCAUACCUUGCAGCUUACUUGAUGAAUAGUUGUGCGGACAGCUAGACUAUAAAGCUGAAAGAGGAAAGAGUGGAAACUGCAAGAGUCCCCCCUGAUUAGGAACAGCAGCCAAAUUGCUAAGAAUCGUGUCUCUCUCUCACUUAGGCUGCUUGUGUUCUUAACAAGUGAUUUACCUCCAGUGACUGUCCUGUGCCUUUUGUCCUCCCACUCUCAGAUACUGCACAUUACCCUACGUUUUACCCAUGACAGGCUUUGCAGCAACCAUUAAGGACUUGCUCCACGGUGACUGAGCACUUGAUACGAAGUCUGUUCCCAUAUUCACCCUUAGAACACCCUCUUAGUCAUGUGUCUGCCAGAGGUCUUCCUAAAUGGACCCAGCGGUUUUCCUGCCUCCACACCAUGUCCCUUUUGCCUGGGUAUUCUCUGUGCUGACUGUGAUGACUUUUGGACAGAAGAUGAUGGACUCUUAAGUCUGCAUUUAAUGAACCCACCACACCUUUCCGUGUAAUUUUUGUUCCUUUUUUUGCAGAGAGAAGAAAGCCUAGGACUGGUCAUCUGACAGGGUUUACAAAUGCUCCAAUCCCUACUCCUAAUAGUUUCAGCUCUGUAGGGAAAGGAAACUGCCUGGAAGUGAGAAGUGGAAGGGGCAGGACUGAGGACAAAGAAUUGAGUCUUUAACUCAUUCCAGGCAUUGCUGUGGAAAAUUUUUGUUUUCAUGUUAACAAGGGAAGCAAAUGGUAAUCAAGAUCUUCCUCUUCCCUCUGCAUGUAGUUAGAGCCAAUUUUUAUUUCCUCCACAUUCACACAUCAGACACACAUCUGUCUUCUACAGGUUCUCCUCUAAUUCUCGUUAGACCUCCGUGUUCUCUGUCCCUAUUGUACCUUCUACUUUCUCUGUCUAGAAAGAGGGAUUUGCCCAUAGUUGUUUGCACUGGGUCUAAUGAGUACAAUUCGUUCCUCUUUCCACUGUCAACUGGUUAAUACAAUGUUAAGGGAGAAAUCGUAAAUACAUAGAAAUUGGGAAUUCUGUUGUGUGGUGGUCAUUGUGUCCUGUAAACAUAGAGUUUAUGUUUGCAUAACAAGAAGACAGCCAUAUCUUUUUCUGGCUAAGUGCCAGGAAGUACGCAUCCUUUUGUGGGAUCAGAGCCCAGGAUUUUGGCUUCCAAAUCUUGUGAUAAGAACAAAAGUGGGUGCUAAGAAGUAAGGGCUGUUUUAUUACUGAAUUUACUUCAAACUGUAAUCCUGGAGGGUAGUCCUCAGGUGGAGUACCAGUUACUGAAACUGAGUGACUAUUCAUCUGAUUUUCCUCUCCCUUACACCAUGGUCAGUGUGCCAACAUAGCUAUAUUAGUUUAAAAUCCACAGAAGCCAUCAGAAAGAGACUAUUAUUUUCCCAGGCUGUGUUAAUGCUUCAUUGCAUGAUUCCUGGCAAACAACCUAAAUCACCUAGUAUUUGCCUUUAAAUGUAGGGUUUAUUCAAACCCAGGGAAACAAAGCUGGAAUUCAGACUAAGCUAGCAAACAAGCACUAAAUUUCUGGGCAAUGUUAAUCAGCAACUUUCACUCAGAAAUCAGAUAUAAAAAAGCAGUCAAGUCUUACGAGAGAUUAUGUGAAAAACUCAGAGCUUCCAGGCUUGCCCAGAGGAUGGGCAAGGGGAAUGCGCUGUCAUUCUUGAUCCGCUUGCAGUUUUUGAGCACCUUGGGGCUUACGACAAAUAAAUCUGUGUCAAGGAUUCCGCUUCUCCAGAACUUCUCUAUUUUCCUGUGUUAGCGUGCCAAGGAUUUGGUUUCAGGGUAGCCAAAUCUGAAAUGUAUGUGAAGACCAUAGAGACCGAUGUUGGCACAGGAUGCUGCCCAGGAAAGGGCAAAGUCUGCCCCAGAACAACACCUUCUCUUGCCGUAGGCGUAGUGUUCGUCAGCCUUGUGAAUUCGGAAUGACACGAAGUGGGUGGGACUUGGUCAAACUCUCCUCCUCAAAACUCUUCCUGUCUGCACAGUCACAGAAGCCUCAGCUCAGCAGGAGACGAUUUUGCUGAAGAGCUAGUCCAAACUUUCGACCUGAGGGAAGCUAAAUAUAGCACGUGUCUCCCAAUAGACUUCAAAGGCUUUGGCAACAAAGAUUAGAGUGGCUUGAAGAUGAAACCCUCUGCUACCUAUGAGCUGUUAGUAGACAGUGUUGGAGAAUGGGACUUCACUGGUGGUUUUGUUCCUUGUGAGCUGCUGCUUGUUGGAGAGGAUGCCUACCCUGUGCUUCUGAGCGCUGAGAAGCAGGUUCUGAUCGCUGUUUCACGGUAUGGGAAAGGCAAGAUGGUGGUUAUUUCCCACGAGGGAAUCAUGAAGAGCUCCAAGUUUUCCCAGUUCCUCAGAAAUGCUGUGGAGUGGCUCAAGCCUUCCCCUGCGGCCCUGGUUGGGUCCCAUCACCGGUUGGAUUCCCUCUCCCAGCUGCUCCUUGGGGCUGGCAUCAAAGUAGAGGCUGGGGUAGCGCUCAGCACCCACCACGGGGUGUACUGUAUGGAUGCCUAUGACAGCACGCAGGCAAAAGACGUGGUUUGCUUUGUAAAGGAAGGUGGAGGCCUGCUCAUUGGAGGCCAGGCUUGGCACUGGGGUAGUCUACAUGGGAAGGAGAAGGUGCUGUUUGAAUUCCCUGGGAACCAGGUGACCAGUGUGGCUGGUGUGUACUUCACAGGAAAUCCUGUAGCGAAAGGGAUCUUCAAAGUUGCCAAGAAAAUUCCAAAGAUCCCCUUAACUGUUCCACACCAGGCCAAUCUUGGCCUUGAUUCUGCUUUUCUCCUGCAUGGUGUGUCAGAGCUGGAUAUGGUGACAGGGGGCACACCCUCCAUCUUGCUGGUGCAUGGUGUACUCUCCUUCCCGCUCUGCCUGGACAGCUCGCACCGCUGCCUCUUAGCUGCAUCACGCUAUGGCCGAGGCCGUGUUGUGGUGGCAACCCAUGAGAGUCAGCUCUUCUCCCCAAAGAUGGCCAAAUUCCUGCUCAAUGCUGUCCGCUGGCUAGAUGCUGGGAGAAAGGGGCUGGUGGGUGUGGAUGCCAGCCUGAAGAAACUGUGUGGCCUCUUCAGUGAGGAAGAGGUGAAGUCACAGGUAUCAGAGCUGACAGGCAACAUGAGCGUAUACUGCUGUCCUUCUUACAGUGACAAACAGGUGGAGACGAUUCAUGCUUUUGUGGCAGAAGGGGGUGGCCUACUGAUUGGAGGCCAAGCCUGGUAUUGGGCUUCCCAGAACCGCGGCAAAGCUGCAGUGGCAGAAUAUCCUGGCAACAAAAUCCUCAACCACUUUGGGCUGAGCAUCCUGGGGCAGAGUGUCCAGGCAGCAAAGCUCCCAGCCACAGCAUUUGGGGAGCACUACCACUUUCGCAAGGCACUCUCUCUUUUCAAGAGCCAUGUAGACAAGGCUGAGGGUCUCAAAGCUCCCCUGAAAGACUGGCUGCCAAGGCUGGCACAAGACUGUGCUGCCUUUCUGCGCAUCCCUGCCCAGGACUGCCCCACAUAUGCCUCAAUGCACCGCAUCCUGGCCAAAGUGCUUCGCCAAAGUGGGAUCCCGCACGUCAGCAGGCACAAGCCUGUCAAGAGCAACUCCAAAGAGGCAGCCCUGCUCUGCAUGGCAACUGAGCUGUCAUACACCAUGACAGACUGUGCAGCCCUAGUGCAGAAAUCUGCCACUGGGGUCUGUGCCCUUCCUGUUACCGUGGAAAUCGAUGGCACUAAUCCAGGUAAGACAGCCUGGAGGAGUACAGGACUCUAUCUCCCUGAGGGUCACACAGCCGUUAUAACAUUCCCUUGUCGGCUGGUCGGUGCUGGUCUGCAGGUGCAGGUUGGGUGUCAUGCGGAUGACCUCUCUAAUGCUGAAGAGCUGAAACGAGCCCCAGUGGUAAUACGUACCUGUGAUAUUACCUGCCAGAAACAGUCAGUUUCCUGCCUCUGGGGUGGCCUCAUUUACAUCAUAGUACCAGAAAGGAGCGUCCUGGGAAAAGUGCCCAUCACUGUAGAAGGGGCAGUCAGAGCUCCUUUCUUCAAGCUUGGGGAGACCUGUGAAAACCAGUGGAAGGCCAGUAUCCGGCACUACCCUGCUCCCUGGGCAGAACUGGCAGCUGAGAGUCUCAUCCUGACGGUACCAGCUGACAGCAUCCGCCACUUGGAGAACCCAAAACCACUGCUGACCCUGUGGAAUGAGAUCAUGGUGGCAAUAAGCAAAUUGGCAGCCAUACCAACAAAGUUCCCAAGGCCAGAGAGGAUUGUAGCAGAUGUCCAGAUCUCAUGUGGCUGGAUGCAUUCUGGCUACCCCAUCAUGUGCCACAUCGAUUCAGUGAAGGAGAUGAUAGAUGUGAAGCACAUGAAAACUACUGGUCUUUGGGGUCCUGUCCAUGAGCUGGGACACAAUCAACAGCAGCAAGCAUGGGAGUUUCCACCUCAUACCACAGAGGCCACCUGCAAUCUCUGGUCUGUCUAUGUGCAUGAGAAGGUGCUGGGGAUUCCCAGGCAUCAGGCACAUGAGGCACUUACGUCACAGUGCCGGGAGGAAAGGAUAAGAGAGUAUCUGAAGAAAGGUGCUCAGCUAAAGGACUGGAACGUAUGGACUGCUCUGGAGACAUACCUGCAGCUGCAAGAAGGGUUUGGCUGGGACCCCUUCACUCACCUCUUCUCUGACUACCAGAAAAUGUCCUCUAUCCCAAAAGACGACCCUUCUAAGAUGAAUUUGUGGGCGCAGAAGUUUUCUCAGCAGGUGAAUAGGAAUCUGGCUCCUUUUUUUACAGCCUGGGGAUGGCCUAUCAAGAAAGAGCUGUCUGAGGAACUCUCCUCUUUACCCACCUGGGAACAGGACCCAAUGAAGUCCUACAGAUCAUGAAAGAAAAACAUCUGAACUUUGAUUCUCAGAUAAGGUACAGCCUAUGUUUUAGCCUUGUGUACUGCAUGAUUGCUCAUUGGGCACUUGAUAUUACAUUAAUUUCUUUAGCUUACUAGUUUAGAGUGGAGGUUAGCCCCCAACAGGUGUUCAGCAGAAACUUGUAUGUUGCUCAGCACCCAUCUAAACCACCUUCUGAAGGCUUGAAUAAUAAAUAAGCUUUGUUCUAGGUUCUUCACCUCAGGAGGAAUGUAAUUCUGAGUAGAUGUAGUUCCUGCAGAACCUUUAUCUGAUGAAAUGGAAGUUUUCAGGAUGGAGCAAUCAUUGGAGUGGUCUCAAGCACAAUGCCAAUAGAAUAAGGGUCUCUAAAGCAAAUAGUAUCCUCCACAAUGUUGUAUUCUUCCGCUGUAAUCUCAGUAAUACGAGAUGUUCACUAUGGACAUGAGUACCUAUAAAAUUCUUCAUCUUUAAUCUCCCUAACUAUGCAGAAGGUCCAUGCCUACUAUCAUGAAAAUGACCUUAUAAUGCUUAUAUACAGCUUAUAUAACAGCUGAUACUAAAAUGUUGUAAUUUUCUUCCUGCUUUAUAUUGUGUGACCCAAUGUCCAGCUUUGUGCAAAUAAGUCAAUGCUGAGUGGUAGCCAUCACUCUUACUGUAGUCUGUGAGCAAGAUACAAGCCAUGAAAUAUAUCAGCAUAGAAACAAA